AUUGCUUACAGCAUAUGAUUAAUGGCAGUACUCUUAUCAAAGUGAAGGCCAGUUCCCGACAAUACCGACGAUUCUUCACAUUAGAAGAGGACUUAACAGCCGUCCGAUGGUUGCCGUCAUCCAAGAAGUCGUCCAAAGCUAGACUGUCGAUUCGGAGCAUCCGAGAGGUGAGACCCGGAAAGAACACCGAAGUGAUGAAGAAUAAGGAGAUCGCCGGCACCUACUCUGAAGACUGUAUCUUUUCGGUCAUACACUCCGACGAGUUUGAAUCGCUUGAUCUCAUCGCACUGUCACCUGAAGAGGCAAACAUUUGGGUCACAGGACUUAACUUUCUGAUCGGAGUCAACAAA